CCGGGCAUUACACCAGAGCAUUUCCUCGACUUUAGCCAGUCUUUGUUCAGAGGCGUUCCCGUUUCGACUCAUCAGCAAGCACCGACCAGAUCCCAGACAGCAACCAACCUGAAAAAGCCUCCCAAGUACUCCCCGUUGCGACGUCGUACUCACUCACAUGAGCUUAUCUGCCAACUUUGUCAAAAAUGUGAUGUUACUGAAGGAGAGAAAAAUACUAAGAGAUAAUCAUCAUGUUAAUUUCCAUUAGAAGUGGGACGUUGAUUCAUCAAAUCGCAGUCGCUAUAACUUUGUUUGGAGUCAUCAGCACAAGUGGCUCUUCCCAUUUGGAUGGAAAGCCUGGCCGGAGAGAGGUAAAGUAUUUAUUUGAAAUGGUUCGAAGACCAGCAGAGCCAAAGUCGUCUUCGUCAUCAUCAUCUUCUUCGUCUGAAGAGUCUAGCUCAUCUGAUGUAACUCUGGCAUACGAAGGUCGGAGAAAAGAUCCACUACCACCACCAUUUCCGCUAAAGCUACCACAGCCAUCGCCCACUCCUCGCUUUCAAAAUGAGUUUGAACAUGACACGAAAACAAAAUCAUCGUUAUUUGACCUUGGCAGUGAUUUGGAUGAUGAGGAUAUAAUUGAUAAUAUAAUUGAUAAUUACAAUGACAAGAGCAAGGAGACGUAUCUUGGUGAUGAGCCACUCUUGUCACCCUCCAUCGCCAGACUCCCUGCCAAAUCCUCAUACCCAACAACAAUAGAUCACUCGACAGGCAUAUUGGAAGAGCAGUCUGAUAACAAAGCUGACGUUCGUGGGAAUAACGAGAAUAUCAUAAAUCGUUCCACCUUAUCGCGAAAACUACAACCACCGCCGAACGCUAUUGGCAGCAGUGACGGGGACGAACACCGGAAGAGUGAAAAUGUUUCGCCUGUGAAGGAACCUUCGUUAUCCAGCAACAAGGACGAUGACGGAGGUGUCCGAGGUGGAACCUCAGCCGGUGAUGGAACGGUGGAGGUUCAAAAUCACGAGGAAAAAUUGCUGCUGCAUAAACUUAUGCAGGGCUACGAAAGAGAUGUGCGACCAGUUUUAAACGCUUCAAAGCCAGUCUUAGUAAGAGUGGGGAUAACCCUCACUCAAAUAUUUGAUAUGGAUGAAAAAAAUCAAGUCCUUACAACAUCUGUCUGGCUCGAUCAAGAAUGGAAGGACGAUCUGCUAACCUGGGACCCAAAGGACUUUGGUGGUCUGGAGAUGAUUCGAAUUCCAUGUGAAAGAAUUUGGCUUCCGGACAUUGUUUUGUAUAACAAUGCGGAUGAUUACACGCGAGGCUACAUGCAGUCGAAGGCGAUGGUGAGCUACGAUGGAAACGUUUUCUGGCCCCCCCCAACGAAAUUUAGGUCGACCUGUGUUGUGGAUGUAACCUUUUUCCCCUUCGACCUGCAGACAUGCUCCUUAAAAUUAGGGAGCUGGACAUACAACGGAUUCCAGGUCGAUGUUACUAACCGAACUUCCGGUGUAGACCUUUCUAACUACAUUUCGAACGGGGAGUGGGAGCUUUUGCAGGCAGUACAACAACGAAAUGUUGUCCAUUACAGUUGUUGCCCUGAAUUUUUCCCUGAUGUGACUAUUACAAUUGUCAUUAAAAGAAAGACUCUAUAUUACAUCCAUAAUGUCAUCUUGCCCUGCAUUAUGCUCUCAUCCCUGACACUGUUAGUGUUUUGUCUCCCCCCCGACUCUGGAGAAAAGAUUGGGCUUGGGAUAACCGUGCUUUUGUCCUUCUCCGUAUUUAUGCUGGCCAUCAACGAGAGCCUCCCUGAAACUUCAGAAUCAAUCCCACUAAUUGGAGUGUACCUGACCAUCGUGAUGGCCAUAACAUCAGUGUCCGUCAUGAUGACUGUGGUCGUGCUCAAUUUGCACUAUUUGGGACCUAAAGUUCGACCAGUUCCGCGCUGGCUCAUGCACCUUCUUCCCAAGGAUACAGGACAUUACAAAAUUCGCCAAAAAAGUUUGAUGAUCCCAGUAGGACACAGAGAACCGAGAAGUGGAAGCCUGAAAAGAGCUCAUGUAUUUUUUACUCAAUCUCGACGAACAGGAUCACAAGGUUACUCUACUGAAGUACCACGAGAGAAAGUGGAGGAUAAUAUGGCGACGACAAUGGAAGCCGCCUCGGAGGAUUCAGAGACUUUAACAAAUGACAACUCAGGAAACUGUUCGCACAACGUGAGGCGACGAGUAACUCUGAGCGGAGAUAUGAAAGUUCCUCAUCCGGGAAAUAUUUUGGAAACCCAACCACAACGCCAUUCUGGCAGUGAUUAUGGGAGAGAAGAUGACGACAAGGUUGUUGUGGCUUCACCCAGUACCACAAAGCUUUUUGAAGAACUUCUCAUCUCGCUUAGACUCCUAAUCAGUAAACAGGAAGAAGUUGAAGCUCAAAACAAUCUGGUUGCUGAAUGGCGACUUGUUGCCCAAGUUGUGGACCGAAUUCUUUUUUGGUUGUUCUUUACUUUCACUUUUGUUUCAUCCAUGCUAAUACUUGUGGUGCUUCCAGUCUACAAUCAAAAAUCACCAUUGCUGGAUGUGAAUGAUACGAAUAUUAUGUAAUCCUCUGCAGUUUUCGUUCAUAAGUAUAUCAGCAGUGGAUAAAAUCAAUGGGCGACAAAUCUUGUUUUAUACUAUGCAUAAAGAACCUGGCCCUAAAAUCAUGUUAAGAUAUAAAUUGAGAUAUAUAUAUAUACGUAUAUAUUUACAAAUUGAUGAAGAGAUUAUCAGAAUAAAUAUUUAUUGUGAAACUUUAUAAAAA